GCGCAGCGCACGAUCACCGCAGAGCAGUUGAAGUUUCCCCUCAGCACCAAAGCUAAACAAAAACAAAUCUGUUCUCCUGAAGAGAAGAUUUCAGCGGGGGAUCAGGAAUCUUAAAAGGAUCUAUCCCAGCCAGAAGUGGUGUGAAUUACCUCCCAGUGGCCAGUGGUCCUCUCCCAGUGCUGAAAAAUGAGUCUGAGCACCAGUGAGCUGGAGGCCCUGUGGGAGUCGUUUGGGGACCUCAACUUCUCCGAAGCCUUCAGCAACAUAUCGAGUGUGGAUGCACUGGUGUGCGCCACGGCUUUCAACCGCAACGCUCUGCUCUACUCCAUGUGCGUCCUCUACACAUUCAUCUUCAUCGUGGGUCUCGCCGCUAACGCCCUCGUCCUCUGGGUAAACAUCCGUGCCCAAAAAGACUCCACCCCUCGCCAUGAGACACACAUGUACAUCGCCCACCUGGCGGUCGCAGACCUGUGCGUGUGCGCCACCCUGCCUGUGUGGGUGAGCUCGCUGGCCCAGCAUGGCCACUGGCCCUUCGGCGAGGUGGCGUGUAAACUGACACACCUGCUGUUCUCCGUCAACCUCUUCGGCAGCAUCUUCUUCCUGGCCUGCAUGAGCGUGGACCGCUACCUGAGCGCGGCGACGCACGGGGACCACGACAGAGGCGCGCGCAGGAAGCUGAUCCGCAGCGGAGUGUGUGUCGGGGUGUGGCUCCUGGCUCUGGUCGCCUCCCUCCCGGACACCUACUUCCUACGCACCGUGAAGUCGACGCAUGGGGACACCAUGCUGUGCCGGCCUGUGUACCCAGAGGGGAACCCCAGGGAGUGGAUGGUGGGCGUGCAGCUGAGCUUCAUCCUGCUGGGCUUUGUUCUCCCCUUCCCCGUCAUCGCCGUGUUUUACGCCCUGCUAGCCAGCGCCUUCACCCGCUCCUCGUCUUCUUCAUCGUCUUCCACGGUGGAGCAAGAGCGUCGCGUGAGCCGCAGGGUGAUCCUGGCAUACAUCGUGGUGUUUCUGGGCUGCUGGGGGCCCUAUCAUGGCGUCCUCCUGGUGGAUGCCUUGUCUCAGCUGGGCCUGGUGCCUCUGACCUGUGGCCUGGAGAAUGUGAUCUACGUGGCCUUGCACCUCACCCAGUGCCUGUCCUUGCUCCACUGCUGUUUCAACCCGAUCCUCUACAACUUCAUCAACAGAAACUACCGCUAUGACCUCAUGAAGGCCUUCAUCUUUAAAUACUCCACGAGGACGGGUUUGGCGCGUCUAAUCGACGCUUCCAACAUGUCUGAGACGGAGUACUCUGCUGUAGCUGUAGAGAACCCACCGCAGAUCUGAGAGGGUUUGUCAUGGCUGCAAACACAAUGUAAACAUAUGUUACAACUGAUUUAUUCUUCUUAGAAUCUGUCUGCAGACGGCAUCCUGUGAACGGAAAUCAGAGUCGUGUCGAAAAGCUUGAAGACAGGCUAAUAUCAAUGUUGAUUUAUCAAUUUAAAAGCACUUACAAAGCAGUUUUAUUAUAACAGCUGAUACUGAAAGCAUAUAUUUCACUCAUUGUUACUCAUUUGCAAAGCCAGUCCAGUGGCCGUAUAUGUGUAAAAUCGUUGCUCGUACUGUUGAUGUAGUAGUGUGUGUAUAUGUGUGUGUUGCAUAUGUUCGUGUGUAUAAUCUGACAGGCAUUGAAUAUCAAUAGCAUCAGCAGAGUAAUAUUGUUAAUCUUUUUUUUCAUUAUAAAUUUGUAUUUAUAUACUGUAAUUUUUAAAUGUUUUUCCUCCCUCGUGUAAAUCAAAGACAUCACACAGCGACGGCUGCUCAGUUCUCCACUUCAUUCAAUGCUGCUUCAUCGUUUUAGUCGAGCCACUGACUGGCUCAGUGUUUUAGUCCUGCUGUCUCCGUUGGAUCAUCACCUCACGUCAUGAAUCCUUCAAACCCAAAGAUUUUAUAUUUGUUUUCCUGCAACUUGCACUUUGUAAAUGAUGUAAAACGUGUGUUCUGAGUCGCAGAGUUCGAGGGGUAGUUCGACAUGUAGGAAAAUGUAAACGUCCGUGCACCAAAUAUGAAGCUCCAGCUUGCAGCUGUUAAGCUUCACUUUGUAUAAGAACUAGAAACAGUGGAACGGCUGGCCUGGCUGUGUAUGAAAGAACACCCCCACGCCCACAACAAUCUGCUCACCAGCCCCUCCAAAGUUGACUAAUUAACAGGUUUGUGGACGCGGUGUGGUGGGUUAUGGGCUGGAGGCAGUGACUCUCCUGUUGUCUGAGCUCAAAUAAUCACAAGCUGGCUGUAUCGUCAUAUUUAGCGUACGGACAUAAAGAGUGGCACUGCAUCGACCCUCUCAUCUCAUGUAACUCUGCAAGAAAGCAAAUAAACAUAUUUUCCAAAACUCAAAAACUGAGGCGUUGUGCUUGCAUAUGACACACAUGGCGAAUCAUUACCUCGUCUGUUUUCUUUUGGUUCUAAAUAUGUCCGGAUGCUUCCACUGGGAGUACUGAACUUAAAGACCAGAUGUGUCUUCUGAAACGUACACCAUGAUGUCAAAUACUGUAUUUUGCAUCAGUGCUAAUAAUGGAUGCAGACAUAGAGACAUAUGUUCACAUCCAUGUGGUAUUAAUCCUGCUGUGUCAGCACACAGGCCACACAUACAGAGAAAACCUCUAUGACCAAAUAACAUAAACAUUUGAAUAACCUAAAUACCUUGAUGUAAGCAGCAGCUGUGGUGUGUAACAACAACGUGUUUAUUAGGGACUAAAUGACAACAUUAAAAUAUUUAAUAGAGUUGUGUGUGUGUGUUUGUGUUCCACAGCUUGACUCCCAGAAAUGACGUUCAGUUUACUCUCAUUUGUAGGAAACAUCUUGUUUUGAUAUUCUGACAUAGGGCUCAUGGUGUCAUGUGAUUGGUUACACAGACAUUUUUACACCGAGAAGAUUUCAUUGAGCUUCUCAGAAAAGAGUGGACACACACACACGUGUCGACGAGAACAGAGGCAUUCCUUUGGUAUUGUACAUGUGUUUUUGGUUAUAUAUUAAAUGUUGUUUUGUUCUUUGGCUCUUGUUAAAUUAAGCUUACAAUAUAAUGACCAUGCUGAGUUUCAACUGAGAAGCUCCAAUG